AUGAGUACUACGCAUUGCAGAUUCUAUGAAAACAAGUACCCAGAGGUGGAAGAGGUGGUAAUGGUGAAUGUUCAGCAAAUCGCUGAAAUGGGUGCAUAUGUGAAGUUAUUGGAGUAUGACAAUAUUGAAGGUAUGGUUUUACUAUCAGAACUUUCCAGAAGACGUAUCAGAUCUAUUCAAAAAUUGAUUCGUGUGGGUAGAAAUGAGGUUGCCGUGGUUCUUAGAGUGGACAAAGAAAAGGGAUAUAUUGAUCUUUCCAAAAGAAGAGUGUCUGCCGAAGAGAUUGUUCAAUGUGAAGAGAGAUACAAUAAGUCUAAAGCUGUUCACUCGAUUCUGAGAAGGUGUGCAGAAAAGUUUGAUAUACCGCUGGAGGAUCUCUAUAAGAGUAUUGCCUGGCCAUUGGCCAAGGAGUAUGGUCAUGCUUUCGAUGCUUUCAGAGUGUCCAUCUCCAAUCCAUCUGUAUUCGACACCAUUACACCACCAUCUACCCAAGUGUUGGAGGAGUUGAAGAAGAACAUUGCCAGAAGGUUAACUCCUCAGGCCAUCAAAUGUAGGGCCGAUAUUGACGUUUCGUGCUUUUCCUACGAGGGUAUUGAUGCUAUAAAGGAUGCCUUGAAAGCUGGAGAAGCCAUUUCAACUGAAACCGACAAGAUCAAAAUCAAGUUGGUGGCUGCUCCACGUUAUGUGAUGACUACACAGAGUUUAGAUAAGAAACAGGGAGUUCAAGAACUUCAGAAAUCUAUUGAAAAGGUCACUGAGGUCAUCGCCAAGUACGGGGGGGUGUGUGACGUGGCUAUGGCUCCUAAAGCUGUGUCUGCUACUGAAGAUGCUGAAUUACAGGCUCUCUUGGAGAGGAAGGAAAUGGAAAAUACUAUGGAUUCUGAUGACGACAGUGAGAUUGAGAUUGCUGGUGUUGGUGUCGGUGCUGGUGCUGCUGGUGCUGCCGCUGCUGCCGCCGCUGCUGCUGAAUACGAUGAGUAG